CCACCACCACCAUCACUUCUUUCUCUCUCCUCUUUCUCUCUCUCUCUCAGCAGAUACGUACACACCUAUAUAUCUAACACCUUCAUCUCUCUUUCUCCAUAUCUGUUGAGACGCGGUUGCAGCUAUGUGGUGCUGACCUAGCGCUUUCUCUUUCUUCUUUACUUAUUUAGUUGGGUUUUUCUUGCCGUUUCCUAAGACAUUCAAGAAAACCCACGAUUGUUUUUGGCCUUGAGAAGCACCGUCUUCUACCGUUUUUGUUUUUCUAAAUGAGCAGCAACUGUUAUUGAGGUUGGAGAGUGAUAUUUUUGUGUGUUUUUGGCUGGGUAGUUGUCAAUUCGUGGAAAGAUGAAAAGGGCGAACUUGGACCUGUUGUUUUCGGUGAGCCGACAAAGAUCAACGCGGGUGCUGAUUGUGAUGGGGCUUUUCUACAUACUUUUCAUGAGUUUCGAGGUCCCUUUCGUGUUCAAAAAUGGGUUGGGCUCGGUUUCGCAAGAGGGAUUGUUUAGCAGUGGUAAUGGGUUGUUGAAUCCGAAGGCUUUCGCGCUGGACAGCGAGGAAAAUUUGGAGGAGAAAGACGCCCCAGUUCGCCCUCUUGAUGUCCCGUAUAAAUCGAGACCCGAGAGGAAGCUGUUUUCGAGCUUGAAUUUCACUGCCGGCAUUGUGAAUUUGAGCCUCGAAAGUGGGAUUUUGAAGGCUGCAAAAGACGCUCUCGACCUUGGGGGGAAAGUCUUGCGGGAGCUCGAAUUGAUCGGGAAAAAUAGAAGUGAUCGAGGAUUAAAUGGUGUUAAUGGUAGUAGCAGCAGUAACUCUGAGUUCUGUCCGCAUUCAAUGUCGGUAACUGGGGAUGAGUUUUCAAAGAAGGGGAGAGUGAUGGUGUUACCUUGUGGGCUGACAUUGGGGUCACAUAUAACGGUUGUGGGAAUACCGCGGCCGGCCCACGCAGAGACCGACCCCAAGAUUUCUCUGUUGAAGGAGGGGCAGUAUGUGAUGGUUUCACAGUUUAUGAUGGAGCUGCAGGGGCUCAAAACGGUGGAAGGGGAGGACCCGCCUAGGAUCCUGCAUUUUAAUCCACGGCUGAAAGGGGAUUGGAGUGGGAAACCUGUGAUUGAGCACAACACUUGUUACAGGAUGCAGUGGGGGACCUCGCAACGGUGUGAAGGUUGGAAGUCUCGAGCCGAUGAGGAGACUGUUGAUGACUUGGUGAAAUGCGAGAAGUGGAUACGGGAUGAUGAUAAUGGGUCAGAGGAAUCAAAGGCAACAUGGUGGUUAAAACGGUUAAUAGGACGAACGAAGAAGGUGGCUAUUGAUUGGCCAUUCCCAUUUGUAGAAGGCAAAUUAUUUGUGCUCACUCUUAGUGCUGGCUUGGAAGGUUACCAUGUCAAUGUUGAUGGGAGGCAUAUCACUUCAUUUCCUUAUCGUACAGGAUUUACUCUUGAGGAUGCCACGGGAUUGUCGUUGAAUGGAGAUAUUGAUGUCCAUUCCAUUUUUGCUGCUUCCUUGCCCACAUCGCACCCCAGUUUUGCUCCUCAGAGACAUCUUGAUUUGUCUGAUACAUGGAAAGCUCCUCCUAUUCCAGAAGGACCAGUUGAAAUGUUUAUUGGAAUUCUUUCAGCUGGCAACCACUUUGCCGAACGGAUGGCUGUGAGGAAGUCUUGGAUGCAACAUAAGCUAAUCAAAUCAUCAAAAGUAGUUGUGCGAUUUUUUGUUGCGCUGCAUGCAAGAAAGGAAGUAAACAUAGAAGUAAAAAGAGAAGCUGAGUUUUUUGGAGACAUUGUUAUAGUACCAUACAUGGACAACUAUGACCUUGUUGUGCUGAAAACUGUUGCCAUCUGUGAAUAUGGGGUGCGGACUGUAUCUGCAAAGUAUAUUAUGAAGGGUGAUGAUGAUACAUUUGUUAGGGUUGAUGCAAUUAUUACUGAAGCUAAGAAAGUUCCAGAUAGCAGGAGCUUAUACAUUGGAAAUAUAAAUUACUAUCAUAAGCCCCUGCGCAGUGGUAAAUGGGCAGUUACUUAUGAGGAAUGGCCAGAGGAAGAUUAUCCACCCUAUGCAAAUGGGCCAGGCUACAUCAUAUCAUCUGAUAUUGCAAACUCUAUUCUUUCAGACUUUGAGAAACACAAAUUAAGGUUGUUUAAAAUGGAAGAUGUUAGUGUGGGAAUGUGGGUGGAGAAGUUCAAUAGCUCAAGACCAGUGGAGUACGUUCAUAGCUUGAAGUUCUGCCAAUUCGGGUGCAUAGAAGACUACAUAACAGCUCACUACCAGUCCCCAAGGCAGAUGAUUUGUCUCUGGAACAAACUAAGACAGCAAGGAAAACCUUCGUGUUGCAACAUGAGAUGACAUUUCUGGUCUUAUGCAUUAGCAACAACAUAGCACCUGUAUGAAAAUGGGAUGAACAAAUUUUGCAGUUAUAGCAUGAUGAUACUGUAAAUCCAAUAGACUGGUUGGAGCUGUUCAGCGGUCGUUGACCUCUUAACUUUCUGGUUCAUCUGUGGAUGGAAGAGACUGAAGUAUAGGGUAAAUAUGUGUUGUGAACAGCUCCAUUGCGUAUUCUAUAACUUACCAUAGAAUCUUUAGCAGAAGAAAUCUGAGAUUGUAUAGAUUUUCUUCCGUUUAAUGAGAUGAAUGAUCCUAGACUAAACUUUUAUGAAAUGGUUCUCUUUACUCA